AUGCGAGAGGGUGCUGACCGUCGCGGAGAGUGGAUGGCUCACUCGCGCUUUAGGGACGAGUUGGCCACUAUCCGAGUGACCAACCUGUCUGAAGACGUGCCUAACCCUGACCUACAGGAGUUGUUGCGGCCCUUCGGCCAAAUUGCCAGGAUCCGCCUGGUUAAGCCCAAUGUGACUGGACAGUCCAAGGGAUUCGUAUUUGUCACCUUUGUACAUCGCGAAGACGCUGCCCGCGCCACUGACAAUGCCAACGGCUUUGGUUAUGACAACUUGAUCUUCCCCGUGGAAUGGACGAAGUCAUCUGGAACUGCUUGA